UCCACUUUACUUAACACUUUUAGUUGGGCCUCUUCUCGAUAAUCACCUCUCAAAUCCAAAAUUCCAAAACAAACAAAAAAUCCAGAGCAUUAUCAGAGAAAACCAAAAGGAAAAUUCAAUGGCGACCGAAGCACAAAAAACAGCUCCAAUUCAUGGAAACUCGCAAAUACACAAACCAAAAAACAUACAUGGAGUAGUAGUAGUUCAGUGAGAAGUAGCUACUCAGAUCCCGCAUUUUCCAACUGUCGUGCAUAAAUCAAAAAAAUAAAAAUGAAAAUGUGCUGCGAUACAGCAUAUGUGUCGCAGCAGCACAUAUAGCAUCUUAAAAAGCACAUAUAGCAUCUUAAAAGCGAGGAAGAGCACGCGAAGUUGCUGAAUUUUCAGAAAUUUUGCGAGAUUCACUGAUUCUUCGGGACGAAACUAGAUGAUGGAAUCCUGUGAUUGCAUUGAGGCUCUACUGCCAAAUGAUGACCUGCUGGUUAAAUACCAAUACCUUUCAGAUUUCUUCAUUGCCUUUGCCUAUUUUUCCAUUCCGCUGGAGCUUAUUUAUUUUGUCCACAAAUCUGCAUGCUUCCCAUACAGAUGGGUCCUCAUGCAGUUUGGCGCUUUUAUUGUUCUCUGUGGAGCAACUCAUUUUAUUAGCUUGUGGACAUUCUUUAUGCACUCUAAGACGGUCGCUGUGGUUAUGACUAUAGCAAAAAUUUUAACAGCUGCUGUGUCCUGUAUCACAGCUUUGAUGCUUGUUCACAUUAUUCCUGAUUUGCUAAGUGUUAAAACGCGAGAAUUGUUCUUGAAAGCUCGAGCUGAAGAGCUUGACAAGGAAAUGGGCCUAAUAAUAAGACAAGAAGAAACUGGCAGACAUGUCAGAAUGUUGACUCAUGAGAUAAGAAGUACACUCGACAGACACACAAUCCUGAAGACUACUCUUGUGGAGCUAGGUAGGACCUUAGACCUGGCAGAAUGUGCUUUGUGGAUGCCAUGCCAAGGAGGCCUGAAUUUGCAACUUUCCCAUAAUCUCAACAAUCUAUUACCUCUGGGAUCUACUGUGCCCAUAAAUCUUCCUAUUAUCAAUGAGAUUUUUAGUAGCCCUGGAGCAAUACAGAUUCCACAUACAAAUGCAUUGGCAAGGAUGAGGAACACUGCUGGUAGAUAUAUUCCACCAGAAGUAGUUGCUGUUCGUGUACCUCUUCUACACCUCUCAAAUUUUCAUAUUAAUGACUGGCCUGAACUGUCUGCUAGAAGUUAUGCAGUGAUGGUUCUGAUCCUCCCGAUGAAUGGCCUAAGAAAGUGGCGUGAUCAUGAGUUAGAACUUGUGCAAGUCGUCGCAGAUCAGGUUGCUGUCGCUCUUUCACAUGCUGCAAUUUUAGAAGAGUCCAUGCGAGCCCAUGAUCAGCUCAUGGAACAGAAUAUUGCUUUGGAUGUAGCUCGGCAAGAAGCAGAGAUGGCCAUCCACGCUCGUAACGACUUCCUAGCUGUGAUGAACCAUGAAAUGAGAACACCUAUGCAUGCAGUUAUUGCUUUGUGCUCUCUGCUUUUAGAAACAGACUUAACUCCAGAGCAGAGAGUUAUGAUUGAGACCAUACUGAAGAGUAGCAAUCUUCUGGCAACACUGAUAAAUGAUGUGCUAGAUCUUUCCAGACUUGAAGAUGGUAUUCUUGAACUAGAAAAUGGAACAUUCAAUCUUCAUGGAAUCUUAAGAGAGGCCGUUAAUUUGAUAAAGCCAAUUGCUUCUUUGAAGAAAUUAUCUAUAACUCUUGCUUUGGCUCUGGAUUUACCUAUUCUUGCGGUGGGUGACGCAAAACGCCUUAUUCAAACUCUCUUAAAUGUGGCGGGAAAUGCUGUGAAGUUCACUAAAGAAGGUCAUAUUUCAAUUGAGGCUUCAGUUGCUAAACCAGAGUACGCGAGAGAUUGUCAUCCUCCUGAAGUGUACCCUAUGCCAAGUGAUGGCCAGUUUUAUUUGCGCGUCCAGGUUAGAGAUUCUGGGUGUGGCAUUAGCCCACAAGACAUCCCAUUCGUAUUCACCAAAUUUGCAGAGACACGAAAUACAUCAAAUCGGAGUAGUGGAGGGGAAGGUCUGGGGCUUGCCAUCUGCAGACGAUUUAUUCAACUUAUGAAAGGUAACAUUUGGAUUGAAAGUGAGGGCCUAGGGAAGGGAACCACUGUAACAUUCGUAGUUAAACUUGGAGUCUGCAACCAUCCAAACGCAUUGCCUCUGCUACCUAUGGCCCCUAGAGGGAGGUUGAACCAAGGUAGUGAUGAUCUAUUCAGGUAUAGACAGUUCCGUGGAGAUGAUGGUGGAAUGGCUGUGACUGUUCAACGCUAUCAAAGGAGUUUGUAAAUGACAACAUUGGUGACUAGAACAGGAUUUGUGAAUUUGUGUUUUAUUCACUCUUCUGAAUGCUCCAAUGACAGUGACUCAAUGUAACUACUUAAUUCAGUGCCCUGAACGAGAGGACUGAAAAUUGCUUGCAUCUUGAAAAUGUCACUAUUGAAAUUAUAUAGCGAGCUUUAUACAACAAUCUGAUAGGCAUACAAUGCUCUUAUGACUA